GCGGCUCCCUGCAAGAUGGCGGCUGCGGCGGCGGAUCCGGGAGCAGGGAGCCCCCCAGCUGGCGAGUCUUGCGGCGGGGGCGGCAGCAGUGCUGGUGGGCUCCCCUCUCCCGGGGAGCAGGAACUGACCCGGCGCCUACAGCGCCUUUACCCAGCUGUCAACCAGCACGAGACGCCGCUGCCCCGCUCCUGGAGCCCCAAGGACAAGUACAACUACAUCGGCCUCUCCCAGAGCAACCUCCGCGUCCACUACAAAGGUCAUGGCAAAAAUCACAAAGAUGCUGCAUCAGUUCGUGCAACUCACCCCAUACCUGCUGCUUGUGGCAUUUAUUACUUUGAAGUGAAGAUUGUCAGUAAAGGAAGAGAUGGGUACAUGGGAAUAGGACUCUCAGCCCAAGGUGUCAACAUGAACAGACUGCCUGGCUGGGACAAACAUUCCUAUGGUUAUCAUGGCGAUGAUGGACAUUCAUUCUGUUCCUCGGGGACUGGGCAGCCUUAUGGCCCCACCUUUACUACUGGAGAUGUGAUUGGUUGUUGUGUCAACCUCAUCAAUAACACUUGCUUCUAUACAAAGAAUGGACACAGCUUAGGUAUAGCUUUUACAGACCUCCCGGCAAACUUAUAUCCCACAGUGGGCUUGCAAACUCCUGGGGAGAUCGUAGACGCCAACUUUGGGCAGCAACCAUUUGUGUUUGACAUUGAGGACUAUAUGAGGGAAUGGAGAGCAAAGAUUCAGGGAACCAUUAAACGUUUUCCCAUUGGUGACAGGCUUGGGGAGUGGCAAGCCAUGCUACAGAACAUGGUCUCUUCCUACCUGGUGCAUCAUGGGUAUUGUGCUACUGCCACAGCUUUUGCCCGUAUGACAGAAACUACAAUUCAGGAAGAACAGGCUUCCAUCAAGAACAGACAAAGAAUACAAAAGCUGAUGCUGGCAGGCCGAGUAGGAGAGGCCAUCGAGGCCACCCAGCAGCUCUACCCUGGUCUCCUGGAACACAACCCCAACCUGCUCUUCAUGUUAAAGUGCCGGCAGUUUGUGGAGAUGGUGAAUGGAACAGACAGUGAGGUUCGAUGCUUCAGUGCUCGAAGCCCCAAAUCCCAAGACAGUUACCCAGGGUCCCCCAGCCUCAGCCCUAGACAUGGACCCAGCAAUUCCCAUCUGCACAACACCGGAGCAGAAAGCCCAAGCUGUAGCAAUGGGGUCACAUCUACCAAAAGCAAACAGAGUCACAGUAAAUACCCAGCCCUGAGCUCCUCAUCAUCGUCAUCAUCAUCCUCCUCCCCUUCGUCAGUCAACUACUCAGAGUCCAACUCCACAGACUCCACCAAAUCCCAGCAGCACAGUAGUACAAGUAACCAAGAGACCAGUGACAGUGAGAUGGAGAUGGAAGCAGAACAUUAUCCCAAUGGAGUGCUAGAGAACUCAUCCACCCGGAUCAUGAAUGGUGCCUACAAACAUGAAGAAAUCCUGCAGACAGAUGAAUCUAGUAUGGAAGAUGGGCGUCCUCGGCGGCAGCUCUGUGGAGGCAACCAGGCUGCCACAGAAAGAAUUAUCUUGUUUGGCCGGGAGCUGCAGACCCUCAGUGAACAGCUAUGCCGAGAGUAUGGCAAGAACCUGGCACAUAAAGAGAUGUUGCAGGAUGCAUUCAGCUUAUUAGCAUACUCCGACCCAUGGAACUGCCCAGUUGGUCAGCAGUUAGACCCUAUCCAGAGGGAGCCUGUGUGUGCAGCUCUCAAUAGUGCUAUUUUAGAAUCUCAAAACCUGCCAAAGCAGCCCCCAUUGAUGCUCGCCUUGGGCCAAGCAUCUGAGUGUCUUCGGCUUAUGGCCCGAGUUGGCCUGGGCUCCUGUUCAUUUGCCAGAGUUGAUGACUAUUUGCACUAG